UAAUGAGCUAAUUUCAAUUUGUACAAAAAUCCAUUUGUUUUUAGAAUUACAGCAGCUUCGAUUUUUGAAGAUAGUCUUCCUCGCCAUGAUGGAGGUUGUUGGAAUGGACCAUGGUUACUCAAAACCUUGGAGUGCACAUCCUGAUGCCAGCCAUGCUAGACCAGUAAAACUGAUAUACAUGCAAAGAGUUCCACGUAAUCAGACAGCUGAAAACUCAAAUGAACAUGAAAUCAUUGAUGUUGUUGAUGCUCCUGCUAAGCCACACCCACCCUAUGACAUGGCCAAAGCCCGAAGCUUGAUGCACGAAUGUGAUCGUCAUGUCAACUUUGCCCGGAUGGAGGAGUGUCCAGAUGAUUGGGAGGAACACAUAACGAGAUUUCAAUGUAAAAAAGGAGCCUGUAACAAGUCUCUAAUCAAAGACUUCAAUAGAACUGGAUGGACAAUGCAACAGAAUCGAUUAUUCAACAAGAUCAUUAAAGCAUUGCAGACUGACAGAUUGGCUAGAUUAGCUUAUCACAAUACUUCUAAUGAGCCUGUAAUGCGAAGAAUCCACAUUGACAAGACAGCCCGUAGGAUCAGGCAGGCGUUGGCCAGUGUAGCAUGGGAUACAAAGCUCACACAGUGGGUACAUGGUGUUUUGGUGGACAACCUCAGUUUACCUGUUUUAGGAGCUUACCUGGAUGUUCUUCAAACACUAAGAGCAAAGGUUCCCUCCUUGAUUGACAAAAUGAUAGCUAACACCAAUGUUGGAGGGAAGUCCGCUACAGCAUCACUGGAGGCCCUGAAUCUUCUGUUGAAGAGGCCAUGGGAUCCAGUGCUGAGUGUCUACUCUCAGCAAAAACCAAAUAAGUUACCAGGAAAUCCCCUGAUUCUGAUUGCACCUAAUGGUCCGACUUACACUGGCCACAGUUACUCCAAGCGGACCCGAUUCUGGAACAGCCAGCUGUCAAACCUGGGGAAGGUGAUCCCUGUCACAAUGCACACAGUUAAUGGUGGCAGCGGAGUAGGGAUUGCACAAUGUCUGGAACACAUGAUAGGGGCUGUCAGAACCAAAGUUUUGGAGUUGAAGGGUCAUUUUCAUCACAAACCCAUUGUGUUGUUAGGAUGGAACAUUGGGGCACUUGUGGCCUGCCAUGUUUCCCUGGUAGAAGCUGUGUCUGCUGUGGUUUGUCUGGGUUUACCCAUUACUGGAGUCAAUGGCCAGAGAGGGGAUAUUGAGGAUACUCUGUUGGACAGUAAAACUCCCACCAUGUUUGUGAUUGGCCAGCAUUCCUACACUGCCACCACGGACAACAUGGAGGACCUGAGGGAGAAGAUGAAGGCAGAGAAUGAAUUGCUGGUGGUAGGCGGGGCAGACAGUAAUCUCAGAUUGUGUCGGGGCAAGAAAAAACAAGAGGGGAUAACUCAAGUCAUGGCUGACAAGCAGAUUCUGGACCAUGUGGCAGAUUUUCUGGGAGGGGUUCUGUCGCAGUCUGACCUGUUAAACUCAGAUACAGCAGAAAUGAUAGAUGAGGCAGAGUUUAAGAAGAAAAAGCAAAAAAAGGAAAAAUCUCUUCCUUCAACACCAAAACAGUUGAGUGUGGCUAAAGCUCUAAAAGCUGCAAGACAGGCAGAAUUCAAGCAGCUGUCCGUAGGACAACAGACAAGUCAGCUGGCUAGUCAUCUUUUGGCUGGUUCCAAUCCACCAGCAGCCCAAGUACCGACUGCACCAAAACCUAAGAGGAAGUAUGUAAAGAGUCCAGCGGGAGUGGCUAAGAAGAAACUGAAAACAGCAGCAGCAGGAUCAGACAAAGCUCUACCAUUACUGAACCUGUCUCUGGCCAAUAAAAUUGCAGGUCUACAGGCUUUGAACAAUGCCCCAGAGUUGUCUGGACUCCUAAAAGGCCCUGUUCCACAGACUGUUAAAGAGAUAGAGGGUAAACCUGAAGGAGGCCCCGCAUCAGAAUCUGGUCAGCAGAGCCCAAGUAAAGCCUCCAAAGUCACCCUGGAAAGCCUGGCCAAUCUGAUGGCUCAGAAGGAGGCUGCUCAGAGAAUUGCCAGUAGCAUUGCUAACAAUCAUCCAUACUCUCUUUCAUCCGGUUUGGUAGGUAAAGAGUCUGUUCCAGGCAGUUCCACUGGUGUUUCUUCUCCACAGAUCAGUUUGCCAAAUCUGAUUAGUUUGUCAAAUGUGUUAAGAGGAGGCAUAAAACCUUCAGUGCACAUCACAACAGCUGGACCAGUCUCUAGUCAAAUACAGCAGUUAUUGGCAGGUAUCACUAAAGCGGGGAUUACCUCCACAGCAACCAUGAAAUCUCCAUCCACAAGCAUCCAGACCCCAUUGUCAUCUGCUGCCACUGAAUCUUCAGCAGCUGCAUCAAAUUGUCCAAUAUCACAAGGACAACAAGUCACAUAUGUUCUCCCAAAUCAGAUAGAAAGACUGGCAGAGAGUCCUGCUAAACCAGCACAGGAAAUGGUGACCCAGUCUCAGCAGACGGUGUCACCAGAUUCCACUCUAGAAGACAGUGAUCUUCUACCACAGCCUAUGGAGGAAUCAGAUGAGACAGUACAGGCCGUACAAAAAUCUCAGUACCAUGAUUUUCCUUUGACAACAGCCUCCAUUCCUCAGAGUCUAGUGUCCACAAUAACUCAAGCUAAAUUACUUGGCAGUUCUCUGCCCAAUACACCAGUUACUAUUCCCAAAACUUUCACAAGUGCCAGCACUGUUGGCAAAAUUGCACCAGGAAUCCCACUUCAAAAAUCAUCCGCUAGUGCCACCAUUCACAUAUCUAAUGCUGCCAGUGUGGGAAAUUUCCAAAUUUCUACAGAAAGACAAGGUCAACAUACAGUGGUCACGCCUACCAUCUACAAAACAUCCAAAUCACCCACUAUUAUCCCAACCACAACAGAGACGCUCGGGAAGGUCUCCUCCCUGCUCGAGUCGAGCCCAGUUAUCCAGAGGACGAGUUCUACAGUCUCAAUAUCUUCUGUGUCACCCCAGUCAGUGCUAGCCUAUCACUUCAAGACCAUUGAAAGUGAACACAAGGGCUCUACCACCCUGGUGACUGUUUCUCCCACCUCGCCCUCCACGCGCCCCUCUCCGAAGUCUACCACCCCAUCUGUCACUUCUUACACGCCUACCCCAAAACCUGUGCUGCCUCCAAAUUCUGCCACCAGGACAAGGAAAAUAAAAACACCUAGACAGUACGACCUUUGAUAUGGACAUCUGAGUGACUAUUUCAUUAUGAGCACACAGAAUGUGAACAAAUACUGUUGCUUAUUGUGUACUGUAUAUAUGAUAUACAGUGUCAUUAGAGUUUUUGCAAUUGUUAUAUUGCAUUUUAGGUUACUCCUUUGUUUUGUUAUAUGCUUGAUGUAAAAAGGUUAUUGGAAAUUGUUAAUGUGGUAUUAUGAUGUUUAAUAAAAUGUGUCUAUUUAAAUCUCAA